CUUGCGCACCACCAUUUCAUCCUUCUUGUUACUUUACAUGGUUCCCGUCCCAAUGCUAAUACUGAUGGUAAUCCAAAGUGACUCUUAGCCAGUUAAGCUAUAUCAUUGCCGUUGUCCUUCAUUGCGACCAGCGGCAUCCACAACACCACACUUCAGAUAUACUAUAGGUCGACAGACCCUACAUGAUAGACACCAGUCGCCAUGGAUGAAAAGAAGCCCGACCCGGGAGCCGACGAGGUCAUGACCGGCAUCUCGCACCCCUACCCCUCUCCCAGCGUCGAGACCACCGAUGCUCAGUUCUACCAUAUCUCGGCCCAAAGGGAAGGCGAGUUGGAGCACCAGGCCGUCCAGUCGGACGGGGCAGAUCAACCAGACGGCCUUCCCACUGUCACCGACCAUCAUGAAAACCACGACCUUCAUGAACUGCAAGAACUACAAGACCCUGUCUCCCCAAAUCAGCAUGCGCGACCGGGACCUUCGCUAAGUAACGAGGAUUUGCAGCUGGCUGCCCAGUUGACCCAGGACCUCGCCCCUGUCAUAGCUGCCGCCGCCGCUUCUCAUAACCAGGCUCAGGAAGAGCAGUUACAGGUCCCGGUUCAGGUUGAUGUGCCUGUCCAGACCGAGGACGUGGACAUGCAGAAUGACGCCGGCGACCCAGACCUCCAGGAACAACUUCAGGUUCAGUUGCAGAACCAUAACCAUGAGCUUCAGAGCGUGAUGCAGUCCCAUGCUGAACAGCAGCAGCAACAACAGCAAGAGCAGCAGGAUCAAAAUCGUCAGCAGCAGGAGCAGCAACAGCAAUCACCUCAGCAGCAGCAGCCAUCUCAAACAUCACAACAGCAGCCUCAGCAACAGCAACAGCAACCGCAGGUUCCAGUACAAACGCAUCCUCACUACGUUCAGCAGGUAUCGCAGCUGCAGCAGACACCUGGUCCUACGUCAGCUCAUCUGUCCACUCACAUCCCCAUUGACCAUCUCGCAGGCGCCCACCCUCAGUAUGGCGCUGCUGUCCAGGAUAACACUCCUCCCCGGAAGCGUAGCAAGGUCUCCAGGGCGUGCGAUGAGUGUCGUCGCAAGAAGAUCAAAUGCGACGCUCAAUCCGAAGUGUCCGACCAGCCCUGCUCAAACUGUCGACGGUCAUCUGCCCCAUGCCUUUUUAGCCGCGUCCCCCAGAAGCGUGGUCCUAGUAAGGGAUACAUCAAGGAGCUGGCCGAUCGCAUCAACACGAUCGAGGGUAAACUGACCGGCGCUGCCGUGCCCGACCCCCUCGAUAGAAGGAGGACGACGCCCGCCGAGGCAUUUGGGUCUCCCAUCCCUGGUGAUGACGGCAGGAAGAGGCCAUACUCGAGCAUCUCGAGCGAGACUUUUACUCCUCCGGCUCAUGAGCGGCUGGCGGGUUGGGGCUCCGAGGCCAAUCGGGCGCCGGAGCAUCGGCCGAUUCGUCCGUAUCAUCCGACUUAUCCUCAGAUCCAUUCGGUGAAUGAUCUUGUGCCGAAGCCGCUGGCCAUGUCGCAGAGUCCGGAUGUGAAUGGAGUGCAAGCGCAGGCUUCUGAGACUGCCGCUGAUGCGGCGUCGCAGGAUGGGUUGGCUAGCAAUGGCUUGUCUCAGGAGCCGCUGGAGCAGGCGAGGGAGAUCUCUGAUGUUGCUUUUGAGUGCUACCUAAACUCCGUACACCGGAUAUUCCCCAUCCUAGCCAGCAAGAAAGAUCGCGUCCAUUCCAUGCUCUCACAAUGCCCACCAGUUCUCCAAGAGGCCUUCUACCACGCUCUCUUCGCCAUGCUCAACCCCAUGCUCCCCGAGUCAGCCGGCCGCGAGAACUGCAACUCCUUGACCUCCCAUGGCCUUCUCAAUGAGUGGGAUUCCCAGCCUCGCACAAUCUCAUCACCAGUCGCCGACCUUGUGUGCCUACAGACGCUCAUCAUGCUCAUCAUCGAAGCGGACUACGGCGGCAUCAGCGCUGUCAAGGGUCAACGGGGUGGUCCCAAAAAGCUUUCGCUGCUGGGUGAGGCGGUUGGUUUGGGCUACAUAAUGAAGUUGCACAUUGCGCCCCCUCCUGAUGUCAAUCCGAAUCUGGACCUGGAUCCUGAUUCGGAGAAGAACAUCGCACUGAGAGCGUGGUGGACACUGGUUGCCUUGGACCGCUGGAAUGCGGUGGGUACGGCGGCGCCGAGCAUGAUCAGCUCGGAUGUGGUGGUUACGCCGGGACUGAGGAACAUUAUGGGCGAUGUGGUUUACAAUUACACCAAAAUAUCGUUCUUGUUGACACAGUUCAUCCCCUUAUUCCUUACCUUGUCCGCGCCAACGCCCUCGGACUUUGCGGCGUUGACGACCAAGAAGCCAUUGGUCGCAUCCCUCCUGAAUGCGCUGAUGGAAAGCUUCCGGUGGCAGUUUCCCGCUGAUCUCAUCACCUCCCCGUCUUCUGACCCAACAUUACCACUGGCCUACUGGCACGUACGUCUGCUAGUGGACCUGUGCUCAGGAGGAGCCAAGGCAGACUUUGCCCUCCAAGACUGCGCCAACAUCGUCGGUAUCCUUACUGGCAAUCCCGAGUUGUUGACUCCGCUCAAUCACCACUUCAUCAGUCUGGUUUCCCUGGCGUUACUAGAACUCGAAAAGCUGGAAAGGACAAAAGAUGAUGCAGGCCGCUUGCUGAAAGACUUGUUGGACUUCCGCGUAGCAGCCAGUCCGUGGACCGGCGUGGUGCGGGACAAGAUUAUGAGCGCCAGCUUGGUAAACAGGGAACGGAGCUCAACAGCCGUCGUCAAUGGUAACCACAACAACAAUGCUGCUUCCAGUCAGUCACAAGUCCAGAGUCAUCUUCAGGCUGCUCUGCAAAGUCAAAGCCUCAGCCAGCCACUACAGCAGCUUGCGGACUUGGCUACCGUGGCUGCUGGGGUGGAACAGAGUGCCAAUGACGCAAGUGCGGAAAACAUGGUUUCUUCCGCUGCUGCCGUGGCUGCUGCAGCUGCGGCGGUUGCGGCGGCUGCCGCGGCGCAUCAUCAGCAACAGAGCGCGGCACUGUCCUCUGUCAAUCCGGCUUCGCAGGUUAUGCCAACUUCUCUUGAUCCGGAAGGGAACGCUGGGCAGGGUCGUGGAGAGACAAGUGCGGAUCGGGAUGUUGACAUGGAUAUGGGAGGGGCUGCUCCUGGAAGCAACGAGGAACGCCAUACCAAUGGCGCAGAGCACGCUGAGCCUGAGCAGCAGCAGCACUUCAAGACAGAGUACAGGUCGGAUGAGGAACACGAGUUCAAGACCGAACCUCAGCCCGAGAACCGACCAGAGGACCAUCAGCCCAGGCAACAACAAGCUGAGCAAGAGCCGCAGCAUGUAUUGUCAGCAAGUCCAGUCGAUGAAAACGGGAUUGCUGGUCCGGGACAGACGGACACCACAUCCGCCCAGGAACCAGAUUCGCAACAACCAGCACCGGAAUCACCUGCUCGGGAAACAGCCUCCUCUGCCGCCCCGGUCGUGGAUGCUCCCAAUGGUUCUUCAACCACCACUGACUCCCAGAACGCAAACAAAGAGGACAUCACCCCCAACGGCACCUCCGCCAGCCAAGCCAGCCUGACCGCUUCACUCGCUCUCUCCCUCGGUUCAGGCUUUGGGUCCCUAGGCCUCAACACCGCCGAGAUCUACGAGCAUUAUCAGCGCCAGCAGCAAGAACUGCAACUACAGAAGCAGGCACAACAAGCUGUUCAACAGGCUACCCAACAAUCGCAAUCCCAAUCCCAAUCCCAGCCCCCUCAGAACCCACCACAAGACCAGCAACAACAACAGCAGCAGCAGCAGCAGCAGCACCCAUACCACCACCAGCGGUUUGAAUCAAAAGAGGCAUCUUCUCAACACCAUCCUCAUCAGCCUCAACAAAUCCAAGCCCAGCUCCAACCAGCGCAACAACCCUCCUCCUUACCCCUCUCGCAAGCUCAAGCACAAGCUCAACUGCAACAAGUGGUGGCGAAGCAGCAGCAAUUGGUCCUCCAGACACUGCAGCAGCAUCAACAGCAGUCGCAGCAACAACAACAAAAACUGUCCAGCAGGCCGUAUGAGCCGGAGGCGUUUUUGAAGGCUGGGUAUUUGACUUGCUUUGGGGAUGCCGAUGACCCGGUAGCGGUAGCCAGUGAUACCAGUGGUAGUGCUGGCAGUGGGAAUUCGAACAAUAAUGGGAAUGGAACGGUUGGUAGUGGGAACGCGAAUGGAAAUGGGAAUGGGGUUGUCGGCGGAAAUGGGAAUGGGACUACUUCGAAGUAGGAUUUCGAAAGUCCAGCAACGUUUUUUGUGACGCCGGAUAUGGAUGUUGAUGUGAAUGGGGGGGAUGUGGAGAUGGCGCACGAUGGGAACUAUGUUGUGUCUAUG